GGAGCAUUCACGUUUGGUCAGGGCACAAGAGCGCGUCCCCUCCACUCUUGCUCUCUUCUCUUGUCUCGCUGAAUUUUUUCGUCUCAUCUAAAAAAAUUUUUAAUUUUUUAUCUCGACAGUUUAAUCGUUUUGUCUUUUAAAUUCGAAAUUCCAUCAAACAAUUUUUGACCGGUGUGCUGUUUUGUGAGACACAUUUUGUAUCAAAUAGUUCUUCUGUUCGGAAGCCAUCCACCCUUGUCUACUUCCCCUCUCCCCUCCUUCACACACCAGCCCGGUAGGAAGCAGGAAAGAUGUCGAACGACGAGAAAACCACCGCCGCUGCUCCGGCUGACGUCCAGCAGGUCAACAACAAGGAGGUGGAAGAGAAACAGACGAUUGAAGAAGUAGCCAAGAAUAACGAGGCCAACAUUGACAACGGGAAGACGCAACAGGUCGAAUCUACGGCCGACGCCGCGAAAGAAGCGACGCCGAACGCCCAGCCGGCAGCAGCAGCUCCCAAGCCACCGAAACCGACGGUGCACAAAGUCGACUAUGAAAAGAAUGUAGUCUAUCUGUACCAGUUCUCCCGCACCAAGAACAUCCCAUCUCCAUCGCCAUUCUGUCUUAAAGUCGAGACAUGGCUCCGCAUGGCUGGCGUCAAGUACGAGAAUGUGGACCACAAGAUGAAGUUCCGCUCGAACAAGGGCCAGCUGCCGUUCGUCGAAUUCAAUGGAGCCGAGAUCGCCGACAGUGCCGUCAUCAUCAAAGAACUGGGUGGCCACUUUAACACCGACAUGGACGCACACUUGACAUCGGAACAGCGCAACGUUGUACAUGCUACAAUCACAAUGCUCGAAAAUCAUUACCAUUGGAUUGAUAUUUGGUGGCGUACCAAGAAUCCGGACGCCAUGCUCCAAGGCUACAAGAUUGACCUACAACAUAUGGUUGGAUCCAAGUUGCCCCUGGGCUUGUUGAAGCUCUACUACCGUUUUGCGUUCAGACGUCGGGGCAUCAAGAAGGUCCGUGCCACUGGUAUCGGUGUCCACACCCCGGAAGAGAUCAUCAAGAUGGGCAAGGACGAUCUAAAGGUGCUCGCUGAUAUGUUGGGAGAAAAGACUUUCUUCUUCGGAGACGAACCAACCACGCUUGACGUCGUGGUUUUCUCCAACAUCGCUCAAUUGGUGGUCGUCGACAAGGAAGUUGCUCACCCAUUGCGAGAUUGGCUUCUGGAAGAAGGCAAGAACCUUGUACAGCACUUCGAAAAGAUAAAGGAGAAAUAUUAUCCCGACUGGCAAGAGAUGUGCGAUACGUUGGAUAUGAACACACACAUCCCCAAGCCCGUCAUAGAAGAGAAGGAACCCGAGAAAAACGAACAGAAGGAAGAGGACAAGAAAGAGGAAGACAAGGAGAAGGCUGAGGAUGAGAAGGAAAAGGAGAAGGAAGCCGACGAAAAGAAACCGGCGACGGAAGCGGAUGAGAAACCCAAGGAAACCAAGUGA